AAAUUGUGACGUUUAUUUCCUUUCUCUGCAAUUCUUCUCCUCUCAUCAUCUCUCAAAAAUGAUUGUGAAAAAUCUCUGAGUUUUUACGAACACAAACUAGGGUUUUUUUUUUGGUCUUAACGGGUUAGUGUCGUGAGUUCACGCGAAGUAGUAUCUAGCACAAACAGUGACGAUGAUGGAGGUUGUAGAGAGAGAUACGGAGACGGAGACGGAGACAGAGACGGAUACAGAUGAAGAUAUGGAGACAGAUGAGCCAAUGGUGUUCGAAGUAACUGAAAUCGAUUUGGAGUACGAGUUUGAUGCUGCUCGCUGGUGCGAUUUCACUCGGGAGGAGUCUUCUUUGGAGUCUCGUGUUGCUGAACUCUGGUUCGAAACCGCUCAGUCUUACCCACCCUCUCCUUUUGCAAUCAAACUGUUAAUGAUGAGAGAAGAGGUUUCUAAUGAAAAGACCGAGCCUUUGUUGAAAUCUGAAGAUGUUGAAGUUACAGAAGAUGUUCGAGAAAGCGACAUAGAUACCUCUCAUUGUGUAGCCACAGAUGUGAAUGAAACAGCAAAUGAAAUGAAGUCUGGAGUUUUUAACUUCAUUCAAAGGGGUGGUGAAUUAAAGAAUGUUCCAAAUGAGUCUUUGCAUAAAGGACCAACGGUUAGCAAUCACAUACACAAUGAUAAAGUAAAAUGCAGAACGAAGUCAAGUACUAGGCAGAUACCAAGAAGCUCAACAUUGAUGAAGCCCACUGCUAGCCAAUUGGCUAAACUAGAUAAUUCCAGAGUCCGUAUGCAAGUGGAUAAAACUAAGGAGAAAGGCUUGUUUCCUUCUGAAGUACAAGCUUCUAAAAGACAGAAGCUUGAUGGAGGUCUACUUCGUAAGGUUGCUGAAACGACACAGGAGAUGAAUUUAGUCCACAAGGCAGUAGUCAAGAAGGACAGAACUCAUGAGAGAAACUUACAACAUGGGAGGACAAAGAUUACUGUCCCACAUGAGCCUGAUUUUGCAACAUCACAUAGAGCAAAUAGGACACGGCACAAGGAUGAUGCUAAGUUGGAACAGGACGCAACAUCAGUAUAUAGAUUCAAAGCACGCCCCUUCAACCGAAAAAUAUUUGAGGCUCCAUCAUUGCCGAUUCGGAAGAAGAGCACUCCUAAACUACCAGAAUUUCAAGAAUUUCACUUGAAGACCUCAGAGAGAGCUAUGCAUCAUUCAUCAGCAGUAUCAACAGGGAAUAAUCAUCAUAAGGGAUCAUAUAAGCCUGAUACCAAAGCUUUUCUUGACGGUGUUAACAGGGAACCAAGAAGACAAAGAGCUGAAGAUAUACCUAAGGAUGAUGAUAGAAAACACAUUUUCAAGGUUCGUCCUCUUGACAAUAAGAUAGUUUCAAGUAGUAGAGACACUGACAUUUUCAGAAAAAGCAAGCGAGAAACUACAGCUCCGGUGGUUCAAACUAAGACGUUUAGCUUUCGCUCGCAAAAGAAGGUUCAACAAGAUUUGCCAACAGACCUUUUCAGUAAGCUCUCUAUAAAACCGGAGCUCCAGCCGAACAAUGGAUCUCGGUUAAGAUCCCCUCAGCCUGAACAAGUAAAGGGCUCCAAGGAAAAUAGACUGAACUCUUUUCAAGCAGGGAAUGAAAGAACACAACGCGGUAUAUGGACCACUAGGAGGUAAAGCUAGAAGCAGCCGGAUGCAAACUAAAACUAACAAGACAUGGUUUUUGCUUAGAGUUGCAAGUAUUUUACCCAAAACGAAAGCUAACAUAUUGUGAAGAAGAAUAUGUCAAUCAGGGGGAUGUGUGUUUGUGACAGUAUGGUCGGUUUAAUUUAGGGUUUUUGGGCAAAUGGAAUUGUAUAUUGGUGGGGGAUACUCUCUCAGUUCUUCAUAUGAAUGAAAAUACAAAAUAGAAAUUUCUAAACA